UCAAGACGGAGGAGUUCUCAGAGUGGCCCGCGCACGGAGGGGUCCGGAUCGCGGCGCAUCCGGGGCGGGGCGCGGCGCGGCGCAUCUUCGUAGCCUCCCCCCUCCCGCCUCCUCCACCCCCCACCCCGGCCCCAGCUGGCUGCCCAGACUCACGGAAGGGGAAAGUUGCCCUGCGGCUCCGCUCGGAGCCUCAGCAGGUAAGAGGGGCCCGACCUACCCCGCCCUCGGACCCUAGCCUGUCCCAGGGCUUGAAUGGCCUGUAUAGUCCGCCUAUUCGAGAAGUCGAUCGCCGCGAACCGGAGACACCGCCCCGCACCGAAGCGCGCCCUGCUCCGGAGCCCCUUCCGUGUCAGCCCAUUUCUGGGACAGGUCCCAAGCCCAGUCCCCUGCGUACCCUCCCCAGAACGCGAGCUCGUGAUUGCGCAGCCCCCCCUCCCCUCUUCGGGACAAGCUGACCCUUGUCCCCCCAACCUGCCCCACCCCUUGGAGGAAAGUCUCCGCGGACAGCCCGCAGCUGGCCCCCACGGACUGGGCGGAGGGUUUCCCGGCCAAGCCCAGGGGGCGGGAGGAGGGCCGCGGAGCCCAGGUCCGAGCCUCCGGGCACUGCCAUGUGGUCCUGGCUAAGAGGAACCUGGCGGCUCUGAGCCGCAGGCUACAGAUGCCAGAGCAGAUGGAGAGGAGCUCCCGGUGCCUCGGCUGUUCCGGCGAAAGGCGGCCCCGCCACCCGCAGCGGUAGGAAGUGAGGGGAGAAGGAGGCUGAAGCCCUAACGGGAGGGAAUCUGCGGUGUUGGAAGGGCCGAGGCUGGAGAUGGACGGUGGAGAGGACUGCGGUACACAAAUCACCUCAGUGGGGGCUUCUAGCGUCUUUGUGGACCCUUCCCAGCGCCAACAUCCUGUAAUUCUGGAUAGCCUCAUUUUCCGCUGAAAUGCAAAAGUCUUGUGAAAGUUUCCUUUCCUUCUAAGUAGCCCUACCAGAGUACUGUGCUCCCAGCCCGAGCUAAUAGUUUAGCUUAGAGACCGGGGCCAACUCAGGACAAGGAUCUCCCCCAGGCAGGUCUUGCCAGUGUCCUGAGAGAAGAAGCAGAGUGUGCUCUGGGGAACGGAGGCUAGUGCUUGUUGGGAGCCGGUAGUAAGUUCAGAUUUCCUCUAGGCCUUGAAUUCCACACUCUGAUUUCUGUUUCUUGGCUCCUGCUUUCCCCACAAGCAUUUCCUCUUCUUCUGUUCUUGAUCUCACAUCCUGCUGGGAGCCUGCAGCCCCAAGAGAAUGAGGACCUGAAUCUAGGCAAUCUUGGAUAGACCUCUAGGGUUAGGUUCGCCAGGACACAAGCUGGCCAAGGCCAUCCCCUGAUCCUAUUAGCCCUUGGGCUUGCCUAUAUGUCUGGAUCUUUUUAAGCCUGGGCAGGGAAGAGUUACCAGAAACACUGUCUGGGAAGCUAGAGGUGACAGUCACAUAACAAUUGGGAAUCUGUAAUUAGACCCUCUUUAAAACAUCUGAUCUAGUCAUCCAGCUUCUCUCCUGCUCUUCAGACUGUUUCUCUCCCCCCACCCCACCCCCACUCCAGUCUUGAUUCUGAGUUUCCUCCAGGCCCAAUAAAAUAGGACCCAGUUGAGUCAGAAGAAUGUUCCCUUUUCUAGGCUACCCUGGUAUCCAGAAGCAUGAUAGAGAUUAAAGAAUUAGAACUGGAAGAAAUCUUGAUGCUUACUUUCAACUCAUUCACUAUACAAAUGAGGAAAGUGAAGGCUCAAAGAAAUAGAUGUGCUUUUAGAAGUCAAAUCUCCCGAUUCCAAAUGUAGCUAUAGAAUGCUGCCAUCCAAUGGACGCUCUGGCUUGUAUAGAGAUUUGAGGUCUCCUUUAUAGCCGGUUCUGAAGAGGGGAGGAGAGAAUGACCAUCUAACCCCAGCAUAUCUGACAUUUUGUGAAAUGCUUUUCUCACAACAGCCCCCAAAAUAUAAAUUGUAGUAAGCAUUAUGAUCUCUUUUUACAGAUUAAAUAUUUUGGCUGGAAUUUACCUAGUCAUUCAGCUGCCAUAUAAGUCUAGCAUUGUUUUCUACUACAUAACUGCUAUAUGUCUUGAUAGGAAAGGAAGCACAAAUAAGACUUUUUCAAUGGAAUUUGGGACAAGUUAAAGAAAACUUGAAUGUACUAUGUGUUUUCUGCCUUGCCCCAGGUCUGCCCUAGGCUAAAAAGGAGACGCCUCACUAGGUUCUCAGCUCUGGUGCUGCCAGUGCUACCCCGGGGAGUCUUUAGCUUCAUGGUUGGACACAGAGUCCAAAAACUAGUCUUCCAAACUUCUGUCACCCUUUCCCCUAGAAUCCUGGGCUGCUGGCUCUGACCUCAAGCUCUAGAAUGCCCAAAGGAGCUAAAGGAGGCCUCGCUUUCUUCUCCUCCUCCUACUUCUGACCUCAAUGGAUUCACUUCCUCUCUCUUUGCAGCCCCAGCGUCUAGUUCCUUUCAGAUUGCCAAGUUUCCAAUGUGCUGGUGGGUUCAUUUCCUUCUUGAUUGCCUCUCUUAGGUUCUCCUUCAAGACGAGCAGUGACCAGAACCUGGGAUUCAGUGGUUGGUGUCUCAGUAUGGAAAUAAGCCACUGGUGUCUGGUACUGAGUCUGAUCCUGGCUCCUUACCUAGUGCCCUAUCCUGAGCCUGUCUGCAAAUGAAGAUCUUUGCUUAUCAGUUCCUCACAAGAUCGGGGUGAGGAAAGCCUAUUUGUGAAGACCACAAGUGUUGGGCUGGAUUCAUCGAAGCAACCUUCUUUUGGGCCAAGAGAGUGCCCCAGUCCAGCCUCAAGACCUGUUUGAAAUCCUCCUCAGAGGAGGUUCCCUGGCCUUGUUUGGGAUACUGGGUUAAGGGGGCUUUGUGGGAAGGGCGUCUGGAGCAGCAGCAGCAGCUUCCUUGUGCUGGUAAUAAUCCCCAGGGAGAGAGCUUCUCCCGGCCUAAUCCGGAUUAAGGUUUGAGGCAGCUCGGAUUUCCUGGCUCCCCAGAAGCUGUUCUCACUCUUGGAGGCCCCAGGCCCCAGGGGCAGCCUCCAUCUUCCUUCCCUCUCCUCUCCCUCCCAUCUGUCUCCCCCUCCCCCCAUUGUUUCUGUAGCCACAGGUGACUGCUUUGUUUUCCCCUUGCUUUGGCUCAGUUUCACCAGGUGCCUCUUUAUCUUCCCGGAGUUGGCUCAGCUGGAGUGGGAGCCUGGGGUGUGUGUGACAGCUGAGAACGACUGAAGCCAGUUCCCUCCCAGGCAGAAUUGGCGCCAUUGCUGCAGGGGCAGCACCUAGAGGGAGACUUGUUCCAUCCAGGGGCUGAAAGAGGACAGGGGCCUUUGGCAUUUGGGGCUAGUCUCCUCAUACAGCCAGGGGAGCUUUCUUCUUUCUGCUCAGAGUUAGUCCUCAUUGCCAGGCAGGAAGAGGGAGGCAGGGGCCAGGCCCAUCUGUGCUAUGGAUGGGAGAUCCUUGUUUUUGCCGGCUGUGAUAGGGCCUGACGCACUUCUGCUGGAAGCCAAAGUUGUGGGCCAUGCUUGCUGUCUUGUUGGAUUCCUAACAAUAUAGACUCUGUUACAACUUGGAGUUGUCUGCCACAGGUGCACCUGGCCACCUGCAUUGGACUACCAAGUCAGCUUGUCUGGACCUGAGACGGAGACAGCAUCUCUCUUUCCAUCGCCUUUACCGAGCUCAUGGGUUCUACGAGCCCCCCUAGAAGUCUAGUUGGGCCCUUGGAGGACUCGUAAAUCGCUGCGGUCCUGGCUAGUCCUAAUGACGCCUCUGAGGGGCUGGAUGGACUGGUUUCUAGAAGCGGAUUAAUAAAUGGAUGAGGAGAGGAUGAAGCGGGGUCUGCGCCCAGGCCCUGGGGCUGCAGUUCUCGGAUGGGUGGACCCACUCUCCGCGCAGGGCCCCGAGCUUUCGGCACCCUCUGGGCACGCGCUCGGCAGCCAGGCCCGGCUGCGGGAACCUGGCGGCCACGUGGCCGUCCCCGCGCUCGCUCCGUUUCCGGCCACGCCCGAGACUCCGGCUUCCGCUUCCGCCCUUUACUUUCCGGUCUCCAUGGCGACCGGGCGCUUCGGGGUCGGAGAAACUUUGGGGGCCCUUAACGCGGCCCUGAAGCCCCAGCCGCUCUCUGCCAGCUCCGGCGGUUCCGUGUGGUUCAAGGAGAACAGCGCCCGGAACCUGCGCAGCCGCGACUUCCUGGCGCCCCGCGGCGCUCUGCGGGCCCUGUUCGGGGACGGGCAGGUGCCAAAAGACAUCCUUGAAGGGGUGGCAGCUGUGGAGGGCCCCGGCGUCCCUCCCAUUCAGAAAUGCACGCAGACCCAGGCCGGCUUGGCCCUCCAGCUGGAGAGGCCCACCGUCUUUGAGCAGGUGCUGAGCUCCCUGGAGGGCUACGUGGCGCCCCAGCCCGCCGCCUCCGCCUCGGAGCGAAGCCUGGUCCUGGACUGUGUGUCCCUGCACGGCGCUAAGGGGCCCGACGCCCUGAGCCUGAGCCAGCUGAGAGCCGUCCUGGUGGCCGAUCACCUGGCCCAGGCUCUGCGGACACAAGGGGUGACUGUUUACCAGGUUCCAGCUGUACAGGACCCUGGGCUUAGGGAUUUCCUGAAGCAGCUAAAAGUCAACUGGCCAUCAGCUUCCAAGACAUCCUCAGCCCCAGAAUCCACUGUAGCAUUGAAGGAAGUUCUUAGAGAUCAUGCUGCUGCCCCAAAUGAAGACUUACCUCCCGGAGUGGUGUGCAAAGUAUCCUUGAAAGAGUUUUUGGAGCAGCAGCCAGACCUGGAAGGCUUUGACCCCAACUUGGACAUCUGUUUAGUAACUGAGGAUCAACUGGGAGCCUUGAUGGAGCUCCAAGAGGCUGCCCAGCAGUGCCGUAGUAAUCUCCCUUUGAGUCACAGCAAGGCUGAGUCUUCGGUGGGAGGCCCGGCCUGUUCCGUGGUGCAUGUGGUGAGCUGUGAGGAAGCAUUCCAGCAGCAGAAGGUGGACCUGCUCUGGAGACUGGUGGAUGUCAGUGCCCCUUCCAGGCAGAAGCACCUUGUCUGUGGACCAGUGAAAGUCGUGGGCUCCUCUACCCCACUGAAUGCUCCCCAAUACUACAGGCUCCGGCAAGCCCAGAUGCGGGAGGCCUCCGUGCUGAAGUAUGGAGUUGACUUUGUUCAGGAUGAGACCUGGAAUGAAAUAAUUGGGGCUCUCACUUCUGCUGCAGUCAAGUUUGAAAUGUUAAGUACAGCCCAUCGAAGUCAGAUGGCUUUGGACCUGGAGGACACCAGCAUCUCUACCAAAGGCACCAAGAGUGGAGCUUUUGUCAUGUACAAUUGUGCCCGCCUUGCCACGCUCUUUGAUGGCUACCAGCGGGGUGUGGAGCAAGGUUUGUAUCCUGCUUUUCCUGAUGUGUCUGAGCUGGACUUCUCCUUGCUACGUGAAGAGGGGGAAUGGCUUCUGCUUUUCAAUGGCAUCAUCCCCUUUCCUGAGGUGCUCAGCCAGUCAGCCCAGCUCCAAGUCAAGAGCCCCGGAAUCCGGAUAACGGCCAACACCGAGGCGGUGUGCAAGUUCCUGGUGCAUCUGAGCAUGGACUUUAGCUCCUACUAUAACCGAGUACACAUCCUUGGGGAACCACAACCUCACCUGUUUGGCCAGAUGUUUGCUCGACUACAAUUGAUGCAUGCCGUUCGGGAGGUUUUUCACAGCGCCCUGGCCACCCUGCAUCUUCCCCCACUGAGCCAGAUCUGAGGGAACCGUUCUGUCCUCUUCCAAGGGCCUUCCCAAUGUGCCAUUCACUGCUCACCCCUGGGCACUGGACUCUCCACACCCUGUUUCCAUGGUCUCAGGGCAUUUUUGUAAAGGGGGGCAAGGAGGGUGCUUGGUUGUGGUGACUUGCUGCCUACCUUUCCAUGGUUAAAAUGGUGUAUUUUAGCCAAAAUUAUAUCCCACCAAUAUAGCCUCCAGCAAUCUCUGGGUGGUCCACUCCAUCUGCUGGGCCAUACUCGGGCAGUCACUACUGUUCCCUAAGAUAAUUUAUCAUUUCUCUGACUUACUAACAAGCAAGGAGAAACUCUUCUAGUACUAUCAGGGCCCAGAAAGCCCCAGAAAGCCUUUGGCACAAGUUGGCAGCAAACAUCUCUAUCUAAAAUAAAGUGCUUUUGUUGGUUAUCAGGUGGCGGGCACCUUGGGUUUCUGCUCAGGAAACAAUAGCCAAGUUGGAACUUUUAAAUAACUUCUGAAUCCAUUCUUUCGCCUCCUGCCCCAAUUUCAUCAAGCAAAGGCAUGAGCAUUGCGGGGAGUGGCGAACCCUCCACUUGUGCUGUCGCACAGCACCCACAUUGUUGCCCUUCUGCUACUCGCUGGCAAAGCACAUGCAGUCAGUCAGGCAGUAGCUCAGACCACAAAAAUGCAGUGAGACACAAGUAGUAAUCCAGUUUAAUAAGCAUUUAUUAAAACAUGUGCUCAAGCCAACCUACUGAGUCCUGGGAGUACAAAGUAUGUAGAGACUGGCCAAAGCCAAGCCUGCCUUUGGGAUUUGCCGAUCUAACAAUUCAGAUGCAAUUUUCACUGAAGAGCCCAGAGCCCAUCAGUCACUGCUGCCAAUGGCCGCCCCUAGCGACCUUUGUCAUUUCCCAACUCAACUGUGCCAUCGAUCAAUGCCAACUAAAUGGACACUGCUUGGGGGAGGUGGGAAGGUAGACGCUUACAUCUCCUCCACAUUGGCUCUUCUGGAACAGCAGCAAGCUGAGGC